CGGUCUCCUUUUCAAAUGACACAUUUGUUGAUCUCCUCUGCUUCCUGUCCCCCAGGCCGGCCGUACCGAGGUAAACCCAGUGACAUGUGGGCCCUCGGCGUGGUUCUGUUCACCAUGCUCUACGGCCAGUUCCCAUUUUAUGACAGCAUACCUCAAGAGCUCUUCCGCAAGAUCAAGGCUGCUGAAUACUCCAUCCCAGAGGACGGGCGUGUGUCGGAGAACACGGUGUGCCUGAUCCGGAAGCUGCUUGUGUUGGACCCUCAGCAGAGGCUGGCUGCAGGAGAGGUGCUGGAGUCUCUCAGCGGCAUCAUCGCCUCAUGGCAGUCGGUUUCCUCGAUGAGUGGCCCUCUACAGGUGGUGCCGGAUAUUGACGAUCAGGUCAAUCACCCAGAACAUCUGCAAGAGGCCAAGGCGAUGGAAGAGUCUUCACAGUACGAGUUUGAGAACUACAUGCGCCAGCAGCUGCUGUUGGCUGAAGAGAAGAACACUAUCCACGAGGCCAAGAGCUUUCUCACCAAGCGGCAGUUUGGCAGCAUCCCCCCUGUGAGGCGUCUGGGUCUCGACGCCCAGCCCGUCAGCCCGCUAGAUGCCGCCAUACUGGCUCAACGGUUCCUCCGGAAGUAGGCCAACCAUGACAGCCUCUCUGAC